CCACCAAACGUAGUGGAACGCCCAGCUUCGCGCCUUCGAUUGGCCUUGCACCGAUUUAAUGGUCAAGCGCGGACACUAGGCUGAGUGAGCAGCAGUCUAUACAUAUAUCUACCACUACGCCUACUCCUCGUGCGGCAAAGGGUGUGUGCCGCAUCCUUGCAUGUCGAGGGAGUUAGUGGCCGGGUUCUGACGACGCCCUACCAGCGGACGUCCAUGUAGAUGGCGGAGCACUCUGCCACGCCUUACAGCAUCUAGGCCCAGGCGGCAGGAGCAUCGCGCCUGGGCAGGCGGGUUCAAUGGACUACGGAAACUCCCCCUAUUCCACGGUCACGCUCGGGAAUGGCUUCGGAGGCCUGGCACGCUCGCACUCCCUGGCCCGCAGCUCCUCGCUGCGCAACUCGACGGGGUCGAUAGGCAACCCGGGGGGUGGGGGCUUCACCUUCGACGCGGCCGGGGGCGCCCGCGCCAGCGGUGGUGGGGCCGGAGGCUAUGGAGGCGCUGGGGGUGCCGGUGCCGGAGCUGGGCCCGGCUAUAGCCGCACGAACGGCGCGGACCCAUACGGGCGCCCCAGCAGCGGCCGCGGAGGGGCAGGCAUGCAGCAGUUGGGCGGGGGCGGGUAUGCAGGCAGCGGCGGGGGCAUGGCGAGCGGGCGCAUCAGCAACUCCGGGGGCGCGCCGCUGUACAGCGGCGCCGGCGGCAUGGUGGCAGGCACCACUCAGCGGCGGCCCAGCACCUCGGGCGGCUGGGAGGCGGCCACGGCGCCGGCGGGCAAGGUGCCGCUCACACAGCGCCUCGCGCAGGUGAAGGCGGUGUAUGCUGCAGCCAAGUUCAACCACAGUCUGGACUCCGUGCUGCGCAGUGGCACAUCAGCGCUGAGGCCGGAGGCGCGCGCCGCCGCCAGCAGCACCAUGCGUCCCGGGACCAGCGGCGGCGGCGCGCGGCCGCAGACGCCGACCCGGCGCGAGGGACAGCGGCCCAUCGGCUUCACGUGCUACCUGUGCGGGCAGCAGUACGGCAGCCAGAGCCUGAUGAAGCACAUCCCGCAGUGCCAGAAGAAGUGGGUCAUGGUGGAGAGCCAAAAGCCGCGCAAGGAGCAGCGGCCGCUGCCGCCCAUGCCGCCUGAGCUGGAGGCCGGCGAGCUGCCGUACACAACGCAGGAGAUUGAGGAGUUCAACCAGCGCAUGUACGGCUACUGGGACAAGGUGUCGCUGGUGGGGUGCCCCAUCUGCGCCCGGACGUUCAGGCCUGACGCCUUUGAGCGGCACGCGAAGGUGUGCACAUGGGACAACCCCGGCGGCCCGCUCGGACCCAACAAGCACGCGCCGCCGCCUGGGGCGCGGCCGGGCGCCGCGUCGCCUGCGCGGCCCAAGAGCGGGUACGGCGGCGGCGGCGGAGGAGGAGGAGGUGGAGGCGGGGGCUACGGCGCGCCACCGUCGCCGUCGGGCUUGCCGGCUCGGCGCGAGGGACAGCGGCCCAUCGGCUUCACGUGCUACCUGUGCGGGCAGCAGUAUGGCAGCCAGAGCCUGAUGAAGCACAUCCCGCAGUGCCAGAAGAAGUGGGUCAUGGUGGAGAGCCAAAAGCCGCGCAAGGAGCAGCGGCCGCUGCCGCCCAUGCCGCCUGAGCUCGAGGCCGGCGAGCUGCCCACUACCGCGGCGGGCAUCGAGGAGUUCAACCAGCGCAUGUACGGCUACUGGGACAAGGUGUCGCUGGUGGGGUGCCCCAUCUGCGCCCGGACAUUCAGGCCCGACGCAUUUGAGAGGCACGCCAAGGUGUGCACACCGAGCAACCCUGGCGGCCCGCUCGGACCCAACAAGCACGCGCCGCCGCCUGGGGCGCGGCCGGGCGCCGCGUCGCCUGCGCGGCCCAAGAGCGGGUACGGCGGCGGCGGCGGAGGAGGAGGAGGAGGCAGUGGCAGCGGGGGCGGCACACCGGCUCGCCGCGAGGGCGAGCGGCCACGUGCGUACGUGUGCUACCUGUGCGGAUCGCAGUUCGGCAGCCAGAGCCUCAAGAUCCACAUCCCGCAGUGCUACGAGAAGUGGCUCAAGGUGGAGGCGAACAAGCUGCCCAAGGAGCGCAAGCAGCCGCCGCCGCCGCCGCCCGAGCUGGACCAGCCUCUGCCCACCGACACGGCCGGCAUCGACGAGUUCAACUCCAAGAUGUUCGCCUACUACAACGGCGUGUCGCUCUACCCCUGCCCCAACUGCGGCAGGACCAUGAGGCCUGAGGCGCUCAAGUCGCACAUGAAGGCGUGCACAGCGGACAGGCCCAUGGCCCGGCCGGGGGCGGGGGCAGGAGGUGGCGGGGGAGGCGGAGGCGGAGGUGGCGCCGCCCGCGGCGGCGGCGGCGCGCCGGGCGAGUAUGACGACGGCGGCGGUAUGGAGCUGGAGCCGUGUGCCAACUGCGGCCGCAAGAUGAGGCCCGAGGCUUUGGUGAAGCACCAGCGCAUGUGCACGCCCAGCAAGCCCAUGAAGCCGGUACGACCCGCGGGCGGCAGCAGCGCCGCAGCCGCAUCCUCGGCGGGUGGCGGCGGUGGUGGUGGCGGCGGCGGCGGGUACGGUGAUGACGGUGACGCGGGGCCGGAGCCGCCCAAAGCGGCCUACAGGCUGCCGCCCGAUGCCGGGGGCGGCGGUGGCGGCGGAGGGGGCGGUGACUACUACGGCGACGAGGGGGAGGAGCCGCGCGUGCAGUGCGGCACGUGCGGGCGCAGCUUCCUGCCGGGGGCGUACGAAAAGCACUCGCGCGUUUGCGCCAAGGUGUUCGCUGGCAAGCGCAAGGUCUUCAACAGCGCCGCCAAGCGCGUGGGCGGCACGGAUGCUGCGGCAUACGUCAACCCCCGCACCUUGACAGCCUCCUCCCCCGCGCGGCCCUCGCCGCCCUCCGGGCCAGCGCCGUCGGGAACUGGAGGGCGCCCGCGGGCAGGCGGCGGCGGCCGCGCGGGUGGUGGCGGCGCUGGGGGAGGCGGCAGCGGCAACCAGCCUGCGUGGAAGGCCAAGAGCAACGCGCUGCGUCAGGCCAUGUCUGAGAUGCGCAAGGUGUCUGCGGCCCUGGCCCGCGGCGAGGACAUCCGCAACAUCCCGCACGUACCCUCCGCGCCCGACCCCAGUCUGGUGCAGUGCCCCUGCUGCGGCCGCCGCUUCAGCGCGCAGGCGGCGGAGCGGCACAUCCCGCGAUGCGGCGGCAUCCAGGCCAAGCCCAAGUUCCUCAAGGCCGGAACGGGCGGUGCCGGCAAGGGCGCCCCGGACAGCAAGCCCCUGCCGCGGUGGUGAGUCGCGCGGCAGGAGCGGCGGCGGCCGUGGACGGCUUGUGCGCUGCGGCGGCCACAACGGCUGUAUGGACAGCGUCGGAUUCAUGAAACUAUGUACAGUCGACCGUUGGUGCGGCGGUAAGCUUGGCAACAGGCUCGUCAGCCAGUGCUUAUAAACUACUUUUGUGGAUGGCGAGCAGUGUGUUCGUGGUGCCGAGCAAGCACGAUGAAACGGAAGUGACAGGGCGGUCAUGCUACACCCAUGGUGGAUACAUGACAGUGUGUGGUGUUGACUGGGAUUGGGAGAUCGCGCGUAUAUAUGUCGCAACGUGACACGGUACUAUAUCUGUUUAUAAAACACGGGCUUGCGGGGGGCUGGGCUCAGGGUGGUGUGAAAAGCAGUCCGUGGUCUUACGUGUGGGACAGCAUGGUCAUGGACGACACAUGCUGGCGACGGUUAAAUUGCAUUGCAAACGAGACGGACCUGCUGAUGGAGACAGGGUUCACGAAGAUGACUUGAAAUUGCGUAUGAGUCUGUAAGC